CCCUGCUGGCCCCCGCGUACGCUGCACAACACAACCCUAACCUCACCUCCCUCCGCUCUCUCUCUCUCUCUCUCUCUCUUUUUCUCUCUCUCUCUCUGAGUGUGCUGCUGCACUGCCAUCCACGCAAUUGCAAAUGGGAGUUACACCGGCGAUUCCACUGGCCUGGCGGUGAUCGGCAUUGCUGUUUUUGGAGAAUUUAUGAAUGCAGAGCACAAUCCUCUUGUGAUGCCGAACUUCCAAUAAAGAUGGUAGAUAGGUUCAUUUGACAAAGAUUGGUGAAGUGUGGGAUACCAUGCCAGUCACAGACAAGCAAAAUCCCUUCCCACUGAAGAAAGUAGCUUUGAGAGAGCUUCCCAAUGAAUCUAAGAACAUCAUUACUACCCCACCACGGAACAAUCUACCUUUAAAAAGCAAAGGAGUAAGCCCAGAAUCUACGAAAAUAAUUGGGACCAAACGGCAAACUCCUGAUAAUCCCACUAGUCCUUCCACCUAUCAGCAAAGCAAUACUAGUGCAAACAGGCAUCUUGUUUAUGUGCGUCGAAAGCUCGAAAAUGAGCAAGGCAAGAUAAGCACUUGCACCAAUGUGGAAAGUGUAGAUUCUCCUGAAUCAAAGAUAAUAAGAAAAGAUGGAAAAGCAGAACAAAACUUACAGAAUGAUCAGAGAGAUGAACCCAAAGUGGCAUCUUUCCCUGUAUUGUGGCCCCUGCAAAACUCAAUGUUUACUACAGGAGCUCCUGUUCAAGCUGAUCCACCGAGACCGAGCAAUCAAGAUUGGAAAGAAAGGUUUAUUCAUCUUCAGAUUUUCUUGAAGAAUUGCGACCAGUCAAGUCAGGAGGAUUAUAUUCGAAUGCUUAGAUCUCUAUCAGCAGCUGGUCGAAGUAAGCAUGCUGUUGAGUUGGAGAAACGAGCAAUACAGCUCUUGUUGGAGGAAGGGAAGGAGUUGCAUAGGAUGAAAGUUCUGAAUGUUUUGGGAAAAGCCUCGCCGAAGGAUCAUUUGACAGUGUCUCCACAGACCUCUUCGAUACAUCCUUAUUUCCAGCAAUGAAACGGUAAAAUUCUUGAUCUAAUGUGCUAUGCAAAUGGAUAGUUGGGCAAAGGUACGUAUUAGCUGUAUGUUUUCAGGGCAUGAGACUGCCCUACUGUUUUGGACUAUUUUUUGUGGUGUAGAAUCUGAAUGCGCCUAAACUGUCUCUGCUUAGAGAUAUGUGAACUCCUUUGUACCGCAAUUGUAUCUAUGUAUCUUUAAUUUAUCCAGUCAAAGAGAAGGUGCAAACUUGAAUAUGUUUAAUGCUUAACUGUAGUUGUCCUUUCACUAAUCUAGUUUGUUUAUGCCGUA